CAACAACUCAUUUUGAAACUCUUAUUGUAGUCUAUAUAGUUCAAAAUCUAAGCUUUGUGCGGUCUCAUUUUCCGGUCCUGCUCUUAUUUGCUAACUUCUCUGUCCUGCAUUAAAUCACAUGCUAUAAUAGCUCAUCCUUAUCAUUCAUUCUCUUUAGUUUUCCUUUACUUCAUCAUUUCAAACUCUUGACUAGGCCAAUCAAGAGUUCAAAUUCUUCUUCAGUACUGUAGUCUUCAGCAGAACCACCAUGGAUGGAAGGCAGGGGAGUGAAAUGCAACCCUUUGUUGAGUCACCACCAAGAGUGUCUGAGUCAAAUCACUAUUCACACAGAUCAAUUGAGACCCUGGUGGUGGUCAUAGCAGUGAUCACCAUAGUGGGUGUGAUUGCUGGGAUGAUUGCAAGGUUGUGUGGUGGAAGACACAAUGGGGAGAGUGACAUAGAAAGUUGGGUUGACAAGAAGUGUAGAAGUUGCAUUGAUGCAGGACUCCCACCACCACCUGCAGCAGCAGCACCCAAGCCUGAAGAACCAAAGCCAGAAGGGGAUGCAAGCAAAUGAAAAAGGAUUCGAAGAAACAUUUCUCACACGUACUCAAAGCGACACAGCCUCACCCUCUUUCUCUCGCAGUCUGGCAUGUCUCUACCCUAGGUCAAGCCGUCAAACACACGCACCAGCCACCGCCCACCAGUGCACUACCGUCCACCGGCGAAGCGGCCACCACCACCAGCCUCACCUCUUUCUCUCGCAGUCUCUGUCUCACUACUCUGCCUCUCUAUCUCUAUCAGAGGGUUACUGGGUGGGUAAGGGUUAUGUGCAACGCGUCAAUGAGUUGAACCGACGGGUUGCAGAGUUGGAGCUGCUGAGGUCACCAUACAAGCUUAAUAUGUAUACAAACUUAUUUUACGAUCACCGGAGCCCCUCCUAUAGGUCAGCUUGCCAUCGUAGCUGAAUCUGACGUUUACUCUAGGCUUUGAUUGUCACAGCCAGUCUCAUACUUGCUUCACCGGGCUUUUGGGAUGUGAUGACCAGCCAGAUAGUGGUUUCAUACAUUCAUAGUUUUCCCGUUUCCACCUUUGGUAAUUUACAACAUUUUUUCUGUUAACAGUUUAUAUUAUAAGAAAUUAACUCAAUUUUAGGGGAUUGCCUGAAGACUUUUAGAUAUGACCAUGGUCGAGAUAGCCUGUAGGAGCGGACUUAUGAUCGAUUAGCUGAGAAGGAUACGUCACAGCCGAGAAAGGGUCACCAUCCACCCCGAUAUAGCUUUGAUUGUUGUGAGGUUAGACCAAUUGCUUCCGGACCAGCUCUAUACAAUGCUCACCGUGGAGAUCGUUUCUUUCCCUAGAUUUGGUGAUGACUCACUGUUUUCGGAGGUGGAAAACGGAUACGAUUCAGGCAUGUAUAUGCUUGGUUGGAGAACUGCAUAGCUAUAUAGUUUUGACUACAUUUUUUUUUUCUCAUUGAUUAUUUUUUGUUGACUUAAAUAAAAAUAUAUGUUGGACGGUCAUAUAUUAAUAAAUAAA